UGUCGUGGGGGGUUUACGUGAGUUGUGCUAAAAAUUCGUUCGGCAUCACAUGUAAGCACGAUGGAUGUUCUUCCGAGCGGUAACCUAUUCCGCGAGUUGCAAGACGUAACGGACACCGGCUAUUUCGAAUGGAAGUUGUCCCUUGAGGACUACUGGCAACAGACAUGCUACGAAAUGGAGCGGUACCUCCGAGAGGAGCCCCGGGGGAAGCGGCGGGAGCCGGCCCAAGAGGAGGAAUGGGCGAGGUCAGAGACCGCCUCUCCCCCCUCUCUGCAAUCAUCACCUACCCAGAGGGUGUUCACCGUCACCGUGGUGAAGACUGAACCUCAGAGCGAUUCCGACGAACCUAGAGGAAAGGAUAGGACACAAACGACAGCUCACUCGUCAAAAUGGUUUCGGUCGCGGCCACAUCUUACCAUUACAUUGUGGGUUUCAGAAGAGCCAGUGUGCCCUGCGCCGAGCCGACGGCCGCCUGUAGUUCGUCAGGCGGCCACCCCCGCGCCCGCAACGGAUCCGCGCCGUCGAGUCCAUCGCUGCGAGUUCCCCGCCUGCGAUAAAGUCUAUACUAAAAGUUCGCAUCUAAAGGCGCAUAAGAGGACGCAUACGGGUGAGAAGCCGUACAAGUGUUCGUGGGAAGGUUGCGAGUGGCGCUUCGCCCGGUCCGACGAGCUAACCAGACAUUACCGCAAGCACACUGGCGCGAAACCUUUCCGCUGCCGCCACUGCGAGCGAUGCUUCUCCCGCUCCGACCAUCUCGCGCUCCACGCCAAGCGCCACACGUAGUUAGUUAAACAACCUGCCACUCCCCAGGCGCGACGACCUUAAACCGAACCCACAAGCUAUCCCGACUUGUUUCUUUUAGCCUAAAACGCAGGC